CUUAUUUUCCCUUUCGGACCCCCAUUUUCUUCUUUAUAAACACUCGUUCACUUUUCUCCUCAACUCGUGUUCUUUCUAUUGGCAAAAAAAACAUUCUUUUCUUUGGUUCCAAGGCCUGUCACUUUGUUCAUUUCAGAAAUAACCAAGGGGAAAUCAAACAUGACCCAUUAUUCCCUGAGAUGUUUAUAUGCAUAAAGCUGGAGGACUUGCAAAAGAGGGGCCCUAACCCAUGUUUAGAACCCUAGCCUAUGUGUUAGGGUUUGAUGGCAGUGUUUGUUUUAUCAGGAAGAUGCAAUGGUCAUGAUUUUGUCAACAGAAAAAUCAUUUUAGUCGUAUGAAUCUGGAAAGGAAGUGUUGUUUUCUUAUAGUGACAUUUCUCUGCUGUCCUCUUUCAGUUGUUCCCCAUUAACUGACCAGUGGUUAUAUUCUCUUGUUUACAUUGUUCUAUAAGUUUGCAGACUUGGAUUGCUGGUCUCUAGGUCUUAUUAUGCUAUAUGAUCUGGAAAACCUCGAGAUUAGUUCCAUUACUUCAUUAUGCAAGGGGAUACGGAUACGUCAUGGGUCAGUCAUUCUCUUGACAGCAUCGUAAGAAACAUUGGUGUGUUUAAUUCAUAUUCAGAGCUAAGUGAUGAAGAGAACAAUGAAAGUACAACUGUUUCGGUGGAUUUAAUCUUGCCUGAUGACUUGUUAGAACUAAUCCUGGCUUAUCUUCCUGUUGCAAGCAUCAUUAGAGUGGGUUGUGUGUGCAAAAGAUGGCAUGAAAUUGUUAGUUCAAUGAGGUUUUUGAAGAGCCUCACGCACACUGUGCCCCAAAAACCUUGGUAUUUUAUGUUCACAAGCUCGGAUGAGCCAAUUGGUCAUGCCUUCGACCCCCUUCUUCGGAAGUGGUAUAGCAUACCACUUCCCUGCAUCGAGACAUCCAGUUGGUUCAUUGCUUCUUCAUGUGGAUUGGUUUGUUUCAUGGAUAAUGAUAGUAGAAGUGAGCUAUAUGUAUGCAACCCAAUCACUAAAUACUACCGGGAAAUUGAGGAACCUCCAGGUGUGAAAUUUUGUGAUUACAGUGCAUUGGCAAUCUCAGUUAAGAAGGCAUCUUAUUGUUACAAUGUGUCAGUUGUGAAAUCUGUACAAGUCCAGGGAAAUUUUUUUGAGUGGGAAGUAUCCAUUCACGUUUACGAAUCUGAAACAAUGACUUGGGCAACCCCUUUGGUAGAGGUUUUAACUGGUUGGAGAGGGGGUGAUGAGAGUGUGAUUUGCAAUGGGGUCUUGUUCUUCCUGAUAUACUCGACUGGUGGUGGCAUGCCAGAGAACCGUCACGGAUUAGUAGCUUAUAAUUUAUCUGGUCGGUUGUCCCAUGGCUCGUUGAUGAGGGGGUUUAUACCAAUGCCAUGUCCUCUUACUUGCGGCCGUCUUAUGAACCUAAAGGACAAGUUGGUAAUGGUUGGAGGCAUAGGGAAACACGACCGACCUGGUAUAAUUAAGGGCAUUGGUAUUUGGCUUCUGAAUGGUAAAGUCUGGCAAGAGAUUUCUCGCAUGCCCCACAAGUUUUUUCAAGGAUUUGGUGAGUUUGAUGAUGUUUUUGCUAGCAGUGGUACAGGUGACCUCAUAUACAUCCAGAGUUAUGGAUCUCCUGCUCUCCUUGUGUUCGACUUUAACCAGAAGCAAUGGAAGUGGUCUCAAAAAUGUCCAGUUACAAAGAGGUUUCCCCUUCAGCUCUUUACUGGAUUUAGCUUCGAGCCUAGACUUGAAAUAUUCCCGUGACCUACUAUGAAUUUGAAGCAGUGUCACUGGAGAACUUAUAGAGAAUUUUAGCCUUCUGUCCUUCACUUUUGGUUUGGCUAUCAUAUUUAGCCUCUAAAUUAUCUCAGAGAACUAUAGAAACUGUAUUAGCCAAAUGAGGCUGCUUUUUAUAAUGCAAAAAUGGGAUUAUUUUUUCUUUUA